AUGCUAGGAUAUGCAAAGGACAAGAAGGUAUCAGACUUCAUCAAUCUUGAUAAACCUGAUAUCUUCUCUGAACUAGAAGAACCUCUGGAACCUGAGAGUCCAGAAGAAGCCACCGCGGAGGCCAAGAUAGUAUAUGACAUCAAGGUCACUGCAUGGAAAAUCAAAUAUAUGAAAUAUGAGAAAUUGAAUGAAGAUGAUAUCAAAGAGGCAGAUAUAGCUGGACAGUUCAACUUGAAGAAAGAUUUCUUAAAUGCAAACCUAGCUAUUGAUGCAGAUUAUGCACAAGCAUGGGCUAAGAAUGUCCAACAUGAUAAAGAUGUUAUAUCUUUGAUAGAGUUAGUUAAGAACUUCAAGGAACGGUAUAGAGAAAUGGGUAUUCUCAAAGAAGAUAAACCUAUGAACUUUGCUACCCUUAAUGAAAGACCUCAGCAAUCAUCACCAGCAACAUUCAGAAACUGCAUCUGCGGAGCCUGUCACUGAUACGCCCAGUGCUACUAUCUCAAUUCAUCAAGAAAGCCACCUGGAUGGAAGGAAAA